AUGGGUCACGGUUCAGACAAGCUAUAUAUCACUCACCGCGAACAUGCUGGCGAAUUCGGCGAUCACCAUGCGUCAAGUGCCGGGGCUAAGAAGAAACCAGGCGCAAGCUUUCAAAGACUUCCUUUCGAUUGUUGCGCGAUCAGUUUCAGACCUUUCGAGAUGCCGGUAUGCACACCAGACGGAACAACCUGCGAUUUAUUGAACAUCAUUCCAUACAUUCGCAAGUAUUCACGCGAUCCAGUAACUGGCUCACCCCUCACGGCUAAGCAACUCACCAAAUUGAAUUUCUUCAAGAAUACAGAAGACAAUUAUUAUGAUCCAGUGACUUUCAAAGUCUUUACCGAACACACUCCCAUAGUUGCGAUCAAAACAUCGGGGAACGUCUUCUCUAAAGAGAGUAUCGAUCGCCUCAAUAUCAAACCUGGCCAUUGGCACGAUUUGGUGACCGAUGAGAAGUUCACGCGAGCAGAUCUGAUCACCUUGCAAGACCCACACAACGUUGAGAAGAAGGAUCUUUCGAGAUUUGACCAUCUACAGAAGAAUUUCAAAGUGACAGAUGAAGCAAUCAGGAAGGAUCCCCUUAGCGGAAUGAAUGUCUCUGCAAUCGGGGGUACGAUCGGAGCUGCACCUACUCCUUAUAACGCUAGUGUAGCAUCUACGGGUCGCUCAGCAGCUAGUUUCACAAGCACGAGUCUUACUCCAGUCACUAAGACAGAAGUAGAAAUGAUCGACGAGGAAGACUUCAUGUUUCAAAACAUCAAAGAUAAAGGUUAUCUCAAAAUUUCUACAAAUCUUGGCGAUUUGAAUAUAGAACUAUAUUGUGAUCGGGCUCCCCGGACAUGUUAUAACUUUUUCAUGCUGGCUCACAAAAAUUAUUACGAUAAUACAGUGUUCCAUCGUUUGAUCCCAGGCUUUAUGAUUCAAGGUGGUGAUCCUACUGGAACUGGAAAGGGAGGUGAAAGUUACUGGGGGAAACCAUUCGGAGACGAGUUUCAUCUGAGGAACGCUCAUAAACAUACUGCUCGCGGUACACUGAGCAUGGCUAAUCAUGGGAAGGAUACAAAUGGUUCUCAAUUCUUCAUUACGUUCCGCGAUACUCCCCAUCUGAAUGGCAAGCAUACAGUCUUUGGCCGAGUAGUAGGGGGUGAGAACGUGUUGGCUAAAUUAGAAGCAUGUCCAAUCGAUCAAGCCACCGAUAAGCCACGUCAACCACUCACCAUCCGAUCAGUGCUCAUUUUUGACGAUCCAUUUGAAAAGUACAAAGACAGGUUAAGUAAACGGUUGAAGAAAGAGCUGAACAGUUUUGAGGCUCAAGAGGCACGUUCAAAGCUCAAAGAAGAACGUUCAAAAGAUCGAUUAACUUGGUUCGGUACUACACUUGAUACAAGUUUACCAGCAACCACUCAAUCGAAACCUACCACAAAGGUUACCAAUACAAGUUCGAGUAGUUCUACUAUUGGCAAAUAUUUGCCUUCUUCAACUCCUACCACUAGUACUUUGAAUGAGAAAAGGAAAGAAGGAAUUCAUGAAGAAGUAGGGGUCAAACAAGCUGCGAAGCGUAGGAAAGGGUUUGGAGACUUAUCUGGUUGGUAA